UUAUUGCGUCUGACUUGACUUUGGCGCUGUGGAUGCAGGGGAGGGAGCCGUGGCUAUUUAAAGAGGGUCAUCCAGUCACGGAUAAAUAACAGAGGGUCCACGGCGUUGACUAACCCCCUCUAAAUGGUCUUCAUCCUCCACUGUGUGUCUGUCUGCGGAUACUUAUUGUUUAUUAGUCAGCUGUGACAACCAUCCGUCGACCCGCGUCAGGCCAGUCUACCAGCUCUGCUCCGGGAGCUCUAGCCCCCUUUUUAUUUGUUAAUUUAUUAUUUUUCUUAUAGGGGGAUAAGUGGGGUAAAAAUGGGCAAAGAUUACUAUAAAACGCUGGGUAUCUCUAAAGGAGCCACGGAUGAGGAUAUAAAAAAAGCUUACAGAAAACAGGCGCUGAAAUGGCAUCCGGACAAAAACAAGUCUGCAGCCGCCGAGGAGAAAUUUAAGGAAAUCGCCGAAGCAUAUGAAGUCCUCAGUGAUCCCAAGAAAAGGGAAAUUUAUGAUCAGUAUGGAGAGGAAGGUCUCAAGGGAGGAAGUGGGCCCACUGGUGACGGACAAGGCACCACUUUCACCUACACCUUCCAUGGAGACCCUCACGCCACCUUCGCCACUUUCUUCGGCGGCUCCAACCCCUUCGAGAUGUUCUUCGGGCGUAAAGCGAACGGGCGAGACGACGAGGACAUGGAGGUGGACGGAAACCCCUUCGGCUCCUUCACCAGCUUCAACCUGAACGGCUUCCCCCGUGACGGCCACGCGGGCCUCGGGCAGCAGCGGCGGAAGCAGGACCCGCCCAUCAUCCACGAACUGAGGGUCACCCUGGAGGAGGUGUUCCACGGCUGCACCAAGAGGAUGAAAAUCUCCCGCAAAAGGCUAAAUCCAGAUGGCAGGACCAUGCGCACUGAGGAUAAGAUACUCACUAUCGAGAUUAAGCGGGGCUGGAAGGAGGGGACCAAGAUCACGUUCCCCCGGGAGGGAGACGAGUCUCCAAGUACCAUACCCGCUGACAUUGUUUUCGUCAUCAAGGACAAACCACACCCCCACUUUAGGCGGGAGGGCUCCAACAUUGUGUAUCCAGUGCGUGUGAGCUUACGACAGUCGCUGUGCGGAUGCUCCGUCACCGUGUCGACGAUAGACGGGAAGACGUGCAACAUGAAGAUCACGGACGUCGUCAAGCCCGGCAUGAGAAAAACUGUAGCCGGACAGGGUCUCCCGUUCCCCAAAAACCCCGAGCAGAGAGGCGAUCUGGUGGUGGAGUUUGAUGUGAACUUUCCCGAGUCUUUGCCGACAAACGCCAGAGAUGUCCUGAAACGGCAUUUACCAGCUUAGGAAGAAAUAAACGAGGGAGACAGAGCCACGUGACACACACAUACUUACACACAUACACACUUACACACACACAUGCACAAGGACAGUUCUGACAGUUCACAGAUGGACCCCCCCUCCCAAAUGGCGAAUGUGCAAUUUCUAUUUUUGAGCUAUGUGGUGUUUUUAUAAAUGCCAUGCAUGCUGCCAAGUUGAUACAAGUGCGAGCGAAAGGCUGUUGAUAUCUGAACGUGCACAUUUCAUGUUUGUGGGCCUUUGCCACUUUUUUGUUAGUUGGAAAUGUUUUGGUGUGAAUGAGUCUACAGCUGCAAAAGCAAAAAAACAAACUUUAGUGUCAAACAGCUCGUUGUCUUGCUCUGAUUUCGACUCGUCAGGCUUCACGUUUGUUUUGCCGCGAGCAGUGAACUUUGAUUUGGAGGCUCUUUGAAUUUGAGGUGGAAGGUGAUCGAAUGAACUCAGCAGGUGCAAUGUGUGCAUUUUAGAAACUUACCUGUGAAGAUACCGAACUUGAAUUUUAAAAUAAAUAUUUACACACAAACUGACUCAAGCUGUUUCAGCCACGGAGAGGCAUUCAGAGACGCGUCCUCCUCCGGGAUAUAAACAGUCAUCGCUUUAAAAAAGAAAAAAAAAAGUUAAUACUGCUUAGGAUUAUUUAUAGUCUGUGUAGCAUUAUUAUUACACAACAUGGGUUCUUUGCAGCCCAGGGGGGAAUGAAAUGAACCUAUAUUUUGAUAGUCAAAUGUGAAUAUUUUGCUGUUGUAAAAAACGUUUCUGAUGUGCAAAAUUAAGAUUAAAAAUACCUUGACUGAAUUUAAUGUGUAAAGUUACUCACAGUACAAAUAUGAAUGUUUAAUUAUAGCUGACUCAUGCAGGAGAGCUCCGUGUUAGCGCCAGAUUUACUGCUGUUUAGUCAUUUUCACAAAAUUUCCCAUUUUUAUUUAGUUUUACAUCAGUGAUUUUUAUUGAUUUUAACUCAGUGAGUUUAGUGUCUGUUUCAGUGCUACUUUUACUGGUGUGGGUAAUAUCAGGAGUUCAGAAGAGUAUAACAAUAAAUAGACAUAUAAAAAAAACCCCUCAAACUGGCUGUGUUGGCAGAUAAUAAUAUCCAGCAAUUAAACUAUAAUUAUCUAUCUAUGUACACAUAGAAGCAGUGAAUUUUCAUGACUAUGAUGAACUUAAAUUUGGGGGGAAUGGCUUACCCAGAGUGAUAGGUAACAACAGUUGUUUCUCUAAAAUUACUGCAGGCAUCUUUCCUCCUUGGCAUUGUGUUAAUGCACAUGUGAAAACUGCCAAAACUUCAGCCUUGUCACAGAUACUGAUGAUCAAUUGAUCAGAUGCAUUUAGUGCUAUUUACCCUCUUAAUUCCUAUGGAAGCAGUAAGAUCAUAGUUGGUUUUACAUACACUGCUUCUGCAUUUUUUCUCAGUUUUUAUUAAAUGAUUAAUGACAUGGUGUAAUAUGUCAAUGUUGUUCAUCCGGGCUUGUAUUUCGACAACUUUAAGCUUUGCUAAGGAACGACUGAUUUUUGUCACGUUCUGACAUAUAAAAGCUUGAAUUUUGAA